GAAAAGACAGAAAGCCAACGAGAGAGAUGAAGGGCAAAAAGGUUAGAAAGAAAGUCUGAAAGUGAGACUCUCAAUGGGAGAACAUCAAGCGCUAGCCUGGAAGCAAUUAUUAUUAUUGAUGUUCUACGCGAAAACGCGUGAAUCCACCUAAUUAUUAUGAGUUAUGAAUUACGAACGAGCUCAUUGCUUGCCACCCACCCCAGCCCCUGCUCCUUUCAAAUGCAUUCACGCUGCUGCGUCUCUCUCUCUCUAGUCACUCACUAUAUUAAACUUGGAUAAAAAAACACAGUCAAGGAAGAUUUGAUUGUUGUCUCUGCCUCUACAAUGCGAGGAGCAACUGCAUUAUCCCAUUCAUGUGUUGCUGUCCUGGCUUUCUUGACUACUGUUUCUCUGGUGAAAGCAGAGGACGCUUAUAGAUACUACACAUGGACUGUUACUUACGGAACAGCUUCUCCCCUGGGUGUUCCACAACAGGUUAUCCUUAUCAAUGGACAAUUUCCUGGUCCUAGACUUGACCUUGUCACCAAUGACAACAUAAUCCUCAACGUCAUCAACAAACUGGAUGCCCCUUUUCUCUUGACAUGGAACGGUAUUAAGCAGAGGAAGAACUCUUGGCAAGAUGGGGUGUUGGGGACUAAUUGCCCCAUUCCCCCUAACACGAAUUUCACUUACAAGUUCCAAACCAAAGAUCAAAUUGGAACUUACUCUUACUUCCCAUCAACUCUAUGGCAUAGAGCUGCUGGAGGAUUCGGAGGACUAAAUGUCUAUGCAAGAUCCGUCAUCCCUGUACCGUAUCCUAAACCUGCAGAGGAUUUCACUUUACUAAUUGGUGAUUGGUACAAGACCAGCCAUAAGACUUUGCAGCAAUAUUUGGAUUUGGGGAAAUCUCUUCCUAUUCCUGAUGGCAUACUAAUAAAUGGGAAGACACAAUCUACCUUUAGUGGUGAUCAAGGAAAAACCUAUAUGUUCAGGGUUUCAAAUGUGGGCUUGUCGACUUCCUUCAACUUCAGAAUUCAGGGGCAUCGACUGAAGCUAGUUGAGGUUGAGGGAUCGCACGUUGUCCAGAACAUGUAUGAUUCUCUAGAUGUCCAUGUUGGACAAUCUUUGUCUGCGCUAGUUACCUUGGAUCAGCCUCCCAAGGACUACUACAUCGUGGCAUCUACACGUUUUACAAAGGCUGUUCUUACAGCUGCAGCAGUGCUACAUUACACUAGCUCUCACAACCCAGUUUCUGGACCUUUUCCUGCUGCUCCAGCCGAUGAAAUUUCAUGGUCUAUGAAUCAAGCCAGAACCCUCAGGUGGAACCUGACAGCAAAUGCAGCGAGGCCCAACCCUCAGGGAUCAUUCCAUUACGGGAAGAUUACAACGACGAGAACAUUUGUGUUUGCCAACUCGGCACCUCUAGUCAAUGGGAAACAACGAUAUACCGUUAACAGGGUCUCCUACAUUAAUGCUGAUACUCCUCCAAAACUUGCCGAUUAUUUUAAUAUCCCCGGAGUGUUUAGCACAGAUUCUAUCCAAAACUCCCCCUCCGAAGGACCUGCAAUCCUAGCCACGGCUGUUGUGCCGGUCUCUCUCCACGAAUUCAUUGAAGUUGUUUUCCAGAACAAUGAGAACACCUUGCAAUCUUGGCAUCUUGAUGGCUAUGAUUUUUGGGUAGUUGGAUACGGUUCGGGACAGUGGACAAGUGCCAGUAAGAAAACGUACAAUCUAGACGAUGCUCUUACUAGGCACACUGCACAGGUAUAUCCCAACUCUUGGACAGCCAUAUUGAUCUCCUUGGACAACCAGGGGAUGUGGAACAUGAGGUCUGCAAUAUGGGAAAGACAGUACCUCGGGCAGCAGUUUUAUCUUCGAGUUUUCAACCCAAUCCGCAGCCUUGCUAACGAGUAUGACAUUCCCUCCAAUGUUCUUCUCUGUGGCAAAGCCGUCGGGCGGCACCCUUGAUAUGUGUUUGUUUAGUUAUUUAUCUGUUCACCGGCCUUCGAUUUUUUCGGUCACGAGGGUUUGACUGCAAGAGAUCUGUUGCUGCUGGCUAGCUUGGCUUAUCAAGUAGUAUACUGCAAGAUCUAUAGCUUAAAAUUUUCAGUGAAUCAUUGUGGUGUUAGCGCCAGUUAUCCAUACUAAUAGUAGUUAGCUAGAGAAACAAGCCAAGCCUUCUCAAUGCUGAUUAUGGAAAUCGGAGAUGAAUGGAGUGACAAUCAGAUAUAUAUAUAUAUAUAUCUCCAUUUUCCAAUAUAUUCAUGCC